AUGGGUUGGUUUUGGGCAGACUCUCCAAAAGUUCCUACACCACCGGCUCCACACGGAUCCUCAGGUGCCGCUCCUCCACCGGGAUGCCCGAUGCACGAGUCUGGAGCAGCGCCAGUGCGCGCUGAACUUCCCGAUGCCUGCCCGAUGAAAUCCGCCGACUCGCCAUUCUAUACACCACCGAAAUCGUCCUCCGCGCAAACGCCGCAGCCACCCGCGCCGGCCCCGGCCAAGCCCUCUACCUUGUCGCGACUGAACCCUAUGAACUAUAUGUUCGCGUCCAUCUCCCAAGAGCGCGCUGAGAACCAGACUGUCGACCUCCCUGUUGACCGUGAGCCCUCUUCUAUUCCUAGGGGUGACGCGGAAGGGAACUGGGAGUACCCGUCUCCCCAACAAAUGUACAAUGCGAUGCUGCGCAAAGGACAUACCGACACUCCCCAGGAUGCCGUCGAGUCGAUGGUUGCGGUUCACAACUUCCUGAAUGAAGGCGCCUGGAACGAGAUCGUCGGAUGGGAGCGCGUGUUUGCCAAGGGUCUCAUGGCUGGAUGGGAAAAGUGCCGACGCGGCGAGGAAAACCUGAGCUUCGACCUGUACCACGAUGAAAUGACUGGUAAAAUCGAUCAGUCUUCCGAGCCUCGUCUGCUCCGAUUCCAGGGACGGCCGAAAGAAUUGACUCCCAAGGCACAGAUCUUCCAGGCCCUUGGUUGGGCAUACCCAAGCAAAUUUGAGACAAAACCCCCAUUCGACCGUCACGACUGGUAUGUCAUCCGCCAAACUCCUGCUGGCCCCAAGGAAGUUCGGUACGUGAUCGACUACUACUCCGGCGAGCCCGAACCCACCGGAGAGCCCGUCUUCUACCUCGACAUCCGUCCCGCAUUGGACUCGCCCACAGCCGCUGUUGAACGACUAAUGCGAUGGGGCGGUGAUGUCUGGUGGAGGGCUAGCGGCGCCUCUGUCCGUGAACAGGCUGCACAGGCUUCGCGUCAACACUGA